AAUCAGUGAAUCGAUAAUCGAUGAACUGAUUCAUCAAACCGAAACGGAAUGAAUCGAAUGCCCUGUGAUGCUGGCCGCUGUCUCUCUGCCCGCCUCCAAACACGAAGUCGGCGGUCAUGUGCGCCAAAAGCCCUCCAAUCUAAAUGAUGCGAGAUCCGAGCGCCGCUCCUCUUCAUCUCCUCACUCCUAUAAGACUGUUCUCGGCUUUGACGUCAUCGUGUGCUCCCUCCGGUUGCUUCGGUAACCAGUCUCCCGCACCCCGCCUCCCCAGUCCGUACGCUGGUAGGAUCGUAAUGGUACAGGCAGCAUCCUGCAGCACAAUGGUGAGCGCGCAGUGAUUCAGCAUCGCAAACUCAGCCUUUAAUCCUUCUCUUUUUGUUUCACCUACAUUUUUUUUCUUUAUAUCUGCUUGAUUCGUCCUCACAGAGGUCUUUAAAUACGUCGCGUACUGGGAUGUUUUGAACAGGACUGAACUGUCACCGGACCGGGAUCGUCGGACGGGCAGCUGGCACGGAAUGGUAUUUAUGAACAGAUGUUUCUUAUAUAACUGCAGUGCUCCAGUCCUGGAUGUGAAGAUUGCCUUUUGUCAGGUGUGUGUUCCAUACAGGUAAAUUAAAAGGGGUUUGGCAAACAAGUUGAUGUUUCUUACAUUGCCCAGCAUUACAACAUGAGUAAAAGCAAAGUGGACAACCAGUUCUACAGUGUGGAAGUAGGAGAUUCCACCUUCACGGUUCUCAAACGCUACCAAAACCUAAAGCCCAUCGGUUCUGGGGCUCAGGGAAUAGUGUGUGCUGGAUAUGAUGCCGUCCUGGACAGAAAUGUGGCCAUUAAGAAACUCAGCAGACCUUUUCAGAACCAGACUCACGCCAAGAGAGCAUACAGGGAGCUGGUGCUUAUGAAAUGUGUCAAUCACAAAAAUAUCAUCAGCUUAUUAAAUGUCUUCACACCACAGAAGUCUUUAGAGGAAUUCCAAGAUGUUUACCUGGUCAUGGAGCUAAUGGAUGCAAACCUCUGCCAGGUGAUUCAGAUGGAACUGGACCACGAGAGGAUGUCCUACCUGCUGUACCAGAUGUUAUGUGGAAUCAAACACCUGCACUCAGCCGGCAUCAUCCACAGGGAUCUGAAACCUAGCAAUAUUGUGGUGAAAUCUGACUGUACGCUGAAGAUCUUGGACUUUGGGUUGGCGAGAACCGCUGGCACUAGCUUUAUGAUGACGCCCUAUGUGGUGACGCGGUACUACAGGGCCCCGGAGGUCAUCCUGGGCAUGGGCUACAAGGAAAACGUGGACAUGUGGUCUGUAGGAUGUAUCUUUGGGGAAGUUAUAAGAGGAACAGUGCUGUUUCCAGGGACAGAUCACAUCGACCAAUGGAAUAAGGUUAUCGAGCAGCUCGGCACACCCUCUCCUGAGUUCAUGAAGAAACUGCAGCCGACGGUGCGUAACUAUGUGGAGAACAGGCCAAAAUACGCCGGCCUGACCUUCCCCAAACUCUUCCCUGAUUGCCUCUUCCCUGCAGACUCGGAGCACAACAAACUCAAAGCGAGUCAGGCCAGAGACCUGCUGUCUAAGAUGCUGAUCAUUGAUCCCGCUAAGCGGAUAUCAGUGGACGAGGCCCUGCAGCACCCCUACAUCAACGUGUGGUACGACCCGGCCGAGGUGGAGGCAGCCAGGAAUCAGCAGAUAUCCAUGCCUCCUCCACAGAUCUAUGAUAAACAGCUAGAUGAGAGGGAACACUCGAUUGAUGAAUGGAAAGAGCUCAUCUAUAAAGAGGUGAUGAACUUCGAGGAGAGAACAAAGAAUGGUGUUGUGAAGGGACAGCCCUCUCCCUCAGGUGCAGCCAUGAACAGCAGCGAGAGCCUCCCCCCCUCCCCCUCCGUCAACGACAUCUCCUCCAUGUCCACCGACCAGACCCUGGCCUCCGAUACCGACAGCAGCCUGGAGACCUCCGCCGGACCGCUGGGGUGCUGCAGGUGACUAACCGCCUGUCUGCGCAACCCCAUGUUCUUCAGAAGGUGAUCGGCACCCGAAAGAGAAAUCCACAAACCUCGAAAACAUGUAAUUACGAAAUAAAUUAAAAAAGAGAAAAAAAGUCAAUGUAUACGUAUAAAAUAAUGUAUCGCGCGUAAAUUACGACAAAGUGUGCAUUUUCAUUCAAAGAAACAUCUGAAUAUGUAUAUUUAUGAAUCUUCACUAACGUUAGUUGCUUUGCUUUGAAUCCCCCUCAUAUGGCAUCCAAAAAAAUAAGGAGACUUCGAAAAAGAAGAAAAAAAUCGGGAAUCUAUGUAAAGUGUACAUUGACUGGCUGAUAUCUAAUACCUUGCGAUUUUCUGUGCUUCACUCGAUGUGGCAGGGUGGGCUUUUGUUUUAACGAGCACCGAUCAACCCUUGUUUUCUGUGAAGGUUUUUAGCUCGUUCCGAAAGUUUUCGGACGGGCCGGUGUGUCUGUGUGCGAUAAUAUAAUAUGUACAAUGGCGCCCCCUAUCUUUUGUAUAUAUGUAAUUGUGUACAGUUGUGAGGCGUUCUCAGAGUGGGACUGACGGCCAGUAGAGGGAGUAUUUGCACACCUUGCCACAUCACAGCUAAUCACCUGUUUCCCUUUUGCCUGUAGUCUUGCAUGGUCAGAGAUAAAAGUAACUAAGCUAAUUAUACAUAUACCAAUAUAGAGAACCGUGUUUAUAUAGCAUUUAAGGGUGAACGUGGGCGUUUCUGUCGCUCGACAGGAAGUGAGGCUGCUUUACAGGAAGCAAUUGAGGGGUACAAGCACUGUCGCUGUCAUUUUCUGCCUUUGUGUUCUCUGAAGCAGCCUUGCAUGCUGUUCCGUCACCCUUGAAAGGUGUGUGUAACUAAAACGAAUGCAGGUCGAGAGCAUGAACCUCAUCCUCACCUUUCAUUCCUCGCAAACAAAAUCUCAUCACGAAACUCGUAUUUUUGUGUUAUCCGAAGGGAAUCAACGAGCUUACUACCUAAAUUUAAACUGGAGUUUAUUUAUUUAAUGUCAGAUCUGGGAAGUGCCUUUGAAAUAAUGCAGUUUCCUCCUCGAAAACACGAAUAUAGUAACGCGACGGCUCUGAUAGAGGUUUUCCAGUCGGUGUCGGAUGUUUUAGGUCUGUUUACCCAAUCCCACAAUCCCUUAUUCAUGUAAAGAUCCUGCGUUAGAUCCAAGUGUCUGAUUUAAAGUCAUUGUAUGUUAAAAAGAGGCACCUAGACUUCUACAUUUCUACACUGAUCUGAUAUUAGCUCCAGAUCUGAGAACUACAGUGGCUCUAAACAGUAUUUCGACACUUAAAAACGUCAUUGAAAUAUAAAAUACAAGUCUGUUCUUCUCCAGUUCAGUCUGGUGCGGUUCAUUUAAUUAAACUAGGAACGUACCACUACCACAAAACAUUUAUGAGCAAUAUCUCAUCUCAAGGCAACCAUUUUAAUAUACUGUAAAACAUGCUAGGUUUUUAAAUGUGUCAAAAUAUGUUUUGGGGCCACUGUUUGUUGCAAUGUAGCCCCACUCUUCACAUUUAAUUGUUACAUAAAAAAAAAGACGAGUAAUGUAGUCUUUCAAACACACAUGGCUGAUGUUUUUAGUAUUAGGUAAAGAUUAGCUUCAUUGAAUUAACAUUAUGCAGUACACAGUAAUUUGAGCAUAUAAUAUUUAAGUUGUACGGUUUUGUUAUGUACCUGUACUUGAUCCGUGUACUAAACAUUUUAAUAAAGGGAUGAAAUACUCAUGA